AUGCUGCUGCUGACUGGAAUUUUGAGUUUGGUGUCUCCUGUAACGGUUUGUGGCCCGCCGGGAACAACGCCCGUUUGGUCCAAGGAGGGAUGUCGGAUUUGUCUCAUCUUCGGGCGAUCCGAUCUGCACCGUCAAGUGUGUAGCAGACAGCUUGACGGUCCAGCCUCGACUGACUGGAUAGCAAUUUUUAUUCGCGGAAAACCUAUCCCGAAGGCCAUGGGGAAUGUUGACGAGUCAUUUGUUUCCCGUAUCUCAAGAGAUGUAUUGCAGACUUUCUGUCAUCUUCAGCAUCGACAACACCCAGCCAGGAACACGGAUGGCCUCUUGAAAAGCCAAUCCCACCCCUCCAACAGUGGGCCGGAGGCUCUCACCCUACGGCCGUGCUAA